AUCAGGAAGAAAAUGUACUCCAGAUUACAAAGUAAGGUGUGGGGACUAGGGGUGUAUAAUGCAGCCAUACUGAGGAUUACGUAAAGCUGGCUCAUGGUGUAAUUUUCUAAAAGCAUCUUCAGUUGUUUUACUGUGGCAUCAUGUGUAUGAUUAAAAAAUAAUUAAAUCUAGUAAGAGACUUAACAAAUCAGGCCUAAAAAAGUCCUUUCAAAAAAUCAAGUCAUAAUAUGAAGUUAAAGAAAUGACCAGAGUGAGUCUAGUCUGUACAGCUAGCCUGCAAGGAAUUCUGGGGUCUAGCAGUGGGAUCCAAAUUCAUCCUGGCCCAGACUGCCAGUUCUUGUCACCUGAUUUAAAUAUGGAUGAGGAUGAUUUUGGAUCUUGCAGCUAGGGUUAGAACUUUCAGUUUAUCAAUGCAUGCAUUUCUGUAAGAUAGAUUUCUAGAGGUAGAAUUAAUAGAUUGGGAUAGUCAGCAUUUACAAUGCCAAAUACUGUGCUUUCUGUAAUAGUUCACUUGCAGUUCUGAAAUUCAGAAAGCUCUUAAAAUCAAGUUUUAAGAAAAACUAGCAGAACUCAACCUGAAGUAACAUGAGGCUAUUUAUAGUAUUAUUUUCACACUGUUCAUAUUUCCCACAGUAAAGAUAGUAGUAUGUUCAAUUAUGGAGUGUUGUGCCAGACUCCUUGAGAGAGUCUUGUAAUACAUGAUACAUGUACCACGUUAUCUCUAUAAAACCUGAAAAAUUCUAAAUUCCAGAACAUAUCUAGCCCUAAGAGUUUUUUUAUUUUUUUUUAAUGUUUGUUUAUUUUUGAGAGCAAGAGAAUGCGUGCAGGAGAGGGGCAAAGAGGGAGACACAGAAUCCACAGCAGGCUCCAGGCUCUGAGCUGUCAGCGUAGAGCCCAGUGCAGGGCUUGAACCCAAGAACUGCGAGAUCAUGACCUGAGCUGAAGACAGAUGCUUAACCGACUGAGCCACCCAAUUUCUCCAGAGGAUCCACAAAACAUAGGAUGUCACCACAAAAUCUACCUCGUGUGUUACUCUCUUUAACUCAUGAGCUGCACAACAAUUGUAAAUUUGAGCAAGACGUCUGCAGACUGUUGGAAAACUGAAGAACCUAAUUAACACAGGAUGACCUAGGAGUGAUUCUAAGCCUAUAACAAGAAACUAUUCAUUAGUGAAUGUGUCAGUCUUGAUUCUGAAUGCUACAGAUAACAGCAAGCAGAGUUUCUCCUUUCUUUAUUUCUGAAGCAUUCACUUGACCUUCCAUCAGUAAGACUGACUUUUCCAAUCUGUUCCGGGAGAUAUUAAUGGAAUACAGUCAUGUCCACUCAAGACGAGAGGCAGAUCAAUACUGAAUAUGCUGUGUCCUUGUUGGAACAGUUAAAACUGUUUUAUGAACAGCAGUUGUUUACUGACAUAGUGUUAAUUGUUGAGGGCACUGAAUUCCCUUGUCAUAAGAUGGUUCUUGCAACAUGUAGCUCUUAUUUUAGGGCCAUGUUCAUGAGUGGACUCAGUGAAAGCAAACAGACACACGUGCACCUGAGGAAUGUGGAUGCAGCCACCUUACAGAUAAUAAUAGCAUACGCAUACACGGGUAACUUGGCAAUAAAUGACAGCACUGUCGAACAGCUUUAUGAAACCGCUUGCUUCCUGCAGGUAGAAGAUGUAUUACAGCGUUGUCGAGAAUACUUAAUUAAGAAAAUCAAUGCAGAGAAUUGUGUGCGAUUGUUGAGUUUUGCUGAUCUGUUCAGUUGUGAAGAAUUAAAGCAAAGUGCUAAAAGAAUGGUAGAGCACAAGUUCACUGCUGUGUAUCACCAGGAAGCAUUCAUGCAGCUGUCACAUGACCUACUGAUAGACAUCCUCAGUAGUGACAAUUUAAAUGUUGAAAAGGAGGAGACAGUUCGCGAAGCUGCUAUGCUGUGGCUAGAGUACAACACAGAAUCACGAUCCCAGUAUUUGUCUUCAGUUCUUAGCCAAAUCAGAAUUGAUGCACUUUCAGAAGUAACGCAGAGAGCUUGGUUCCAAGGCCUCCCACCCAAUGACAAGUCUGUAGUGGUUCAAGGUCUGUAUAAGUCUAUGCCCAAGUUUUUCAAACCAAGACUUGGAAUGACUAAAGAGGAGAUGAUGAUUUUCAUUGAGGCAUCUUCAGAAAAUCCUUGUAGUCUUUACUCUUCUGUCUGUUACAGCCCCCAAGCAGAAAAAGUUUACAAGCUGUGCAGCCCACCAGCUGAUUUGCAGAAGGUUGGGACUGUUGUAACUCCUGAUAAUGACAUCUAUAUAGCAGGUGGUCAAGUUCCUCUGAAAAACACAAAAACAAAUCACAGUAAAACAAGCAAACUUCAGACUGCCUUCAGAACUGUGAAUUGCUUUUAUUGGUUUGAUGCACAGCAAAAUACCUGGUUUCCAAAGACCCCAAUGCUUUUUGUCCGCAUAAAGCCAUCUUUGGUUUGCUGUGAAGGCUAUAUCUAUGCAAUUGGAGGAGACAGUGUAGGUGGAGAACUUAAUCGGAGGACCGUGGAACGAUAUGAUACUGAGAAGGAUGAGUGGACAAUGGUAAGCCCUUUGCCUUGUGCUUGGCAGUGGAGCGCAGCGGUUGUGGUUCAUGACUGCAUUUAUGUGAUGACACUGAACCUCAUGUACUGUUAUUUUCCAAGGUCUGAUUCAUGGGUGGAAAUGGCCAUGAGACAGACUACCAGGUCUUUUGCUUCAGCUGCAGCUUUUGGUGAUAAAAUUUUCUAUAUUGGAGGGUUGCACAUUGCUACCAAUUCUGGCAUAAGACUCCCCUCUGGCACUGUCGAUGGGUCUUCAGUAACUGUGGAAAUUUACGAUGUGAAUAAAAACGAGUGGAAAAUGGCAGCCAACAUCCCUGCUAAGAGGUACUCAGACCCCUGUGUUAGAGCUGUUGUGAUCUCAAAUUCUCUUUGUGUGUUCAUGCGAGAAACCCACUUAAAUGAGAGAGCUAAAUACGUCACCUACCAGUAUGAUCUGGAACUUGACCGGUGGUCUCUGCGGCAGCAUAUAUCUGAACGUGUACUGUGGGACUUAGGGAGAGAUUUCCGGUGCACUGUGGGGAAACUUUAUCCAUCCUGCCUUGAAGAAUCUCCAUGGAAACCACCAACUUACCUUUUUUCACCGGAUGGGACAGAGGAGUUUGAACUGGAUGGAGAAAUGGUUGCACUACCACCUGUAUAGUUGGGGAGUUUAGGGAGUGCACGCCUGAUUUAUGUGCUUUGUCAUUUUCUUUGCUAAACGAGAGGCUAUGAAAGGACUAAAUAUGAGUACAUAAAAAUCUAUCUUUGAUAAAUUUUAUUUUUAUGCCCUACUUAAUAUUUGCAUCAGUAUAAUAUAUAUCAGUGAGUCUUACAGAAAGAUAUGCUUCCAUAAUAUGAAAUAGAUUAUCCAAUAAUUGAGAAACUUUUACAUGUAUCAUGAGAGCAUAAGAAUCUGGAUUAUCUAACAUCGUUAGCCCUGUGUUAUGUACAGUUCAAAAAGUUCACUUAUUAAAGUAGUUUCCUGUUCCUAGUGUGGUAUAUCACAGAUUGUGCUGAGGUUAUUUUUAGUAUAUGUAUUUCAUUCCCGUGCUUCUGUUCUGAAGUCCUGAAAAACAGCUGUUUUUUCAGUGUAAUUAAUUCAGCUGCACUUAACACUAGUGUCCAUGUUGGUAUAGAAGUGUUGUCUAAAUCCUAUACUAUAGUUGAGGAAGAUCUUCCAUUUCAUGGUAUUGCACAGGGAGAGCUAUGACUGCAGGAUCAGUCUAACUAUACUAUUAGGUGCAUGUACUCUCUUUUCACUAACUUAUACUUGUCUGUCUAGAAUACAGGUCUUCCAAUCAGCUGGUCAUUUACCAGGUGUGGACUUAAGUUGCUGGGCUUGCAAUAAGAAUUGCUAGUCCCUUGUUGUGCGGGUCUGUGUGGAGCUUUAAUCAAUAAAUGCCUCCACUCUCUGUAUUACAUUAACAUUGGCUCAUGCGUAUAACUACCUGCUGCUGUUGUAUUUCUCCAUCUUAAAGAUUUAGAGUGGGUUAACCAGGUCAUUACAUCUUAAUUUAAUAACAAGCAUUACUGUAGAGUGAUUGUGUAUAGAUAUCCAUUAGCUGUCAGGGUGUGUUUUUUUUUAACCUGUCAUGUGUGGGGGGGGGUGGGGUAGGAUUAGAAAGGUGAACUGUUCAGGAAUUCUCUGCACUAGCUGUGCAGAAGAGCAGAUAACUAGUGCUGCUCUGGCAUUAAUCCCAGGAACCACUAGCAGUAGCGGGGGCGCCGCCAACCUAACAUGAGCACAGGUGCUUCAUGACGACAUCACUAGCAUGUUCAACUGCAUCAUGUUCUGGCACUGUAUUUUGAAUGACAUUAAUUUAUUAAAUAAAUUGUAUAUAUACGAUA